AAGCCAAACAUUCAUUGUUUAAUUCAGUUUAUAAUUUUACGUCAAAAGUUGCCGACCUUCAGGCGAAUUUUCGAUAGUUUCAUUUCAAAGAACUUUCAAGGUACAGACUUUAAAGGCAAUCCUAAGAAAUUCAAAGAUUCUAAAUUUUUGAAGUUAAUAAAACCCUCAAGAUGAAUCAAAAUGUUUUGUGAGAAUUUUCAAGUGGCGAACAUUAUACGGGCUUCUCAAGCAACCCAACUAUAUUGUGAGGACCCACUUCAUGUUCUAAAUAAUUUCAGAAACUCGUUUUUUUGACUGAAAAAACAUUAGAAGAGGAAACAGAAGCGGCUCCAUCACAGCUCCGUCAACUUCCAUUAAUUAAAUUUAAUUAAAAUCUGUCAAUGAAGAUGCCACCUAGAAAAGUUUUGAUGCCUGGUAAAAAAGAAAUAACUAAAGAAGAUCCUGUUUAUAAAGAAAAACGUAACAAAAAUAACGACGCUGUGAAGAAAUCUCGACAAAAAACCAAAGUAAAGUCCGAAGAAACGAUGAGAAAAGUGGCAAUUUUAAAGCAGGAGAAUGAGGUACUGGAAGAACGAAUUCAACUGUUAUCCAAGGAGUUAACAUUUCUCAAGGAUAUAUUUCUAACCCACGCUAACCGGGCUCAUGGGUUAGACGCCGCUCAUCUCGGACUAGGGCAUCUAUUAAAGGAAGUUGAUGAGGCUGUGAUGGAGAUGUAGAACCGGGGUUUCUACGCAUUUCUCUGGAUUCUAAUAUAUUUUCAAAAUAAAAACUUCUUUUUUAAGUACAAAAGUCUGUAUUUUCAAGUUCUUAUGGAAAUUAUGUGAAAACUCACUUUGAUGAUUUAGAACAAAAUGAUUGAUAACUUUUCAAAAUUGUUCUUUUUCGUAUUUCUAGUAUUCAGUUCUUUCAUUUAAACAUUUAAAAAGAUUAUUAUUAAAAUUUUGAAAAAAUAAACGAUAAACUAUAA